AGGGCCAGGUAAACUUUGCCGAGGCGAACGUUAUGUAGCAACCCAGACAGGAUAAUAUAUGGACCGUCCCUCCAGCAAGCGCUGCCCUUCCGGACAGACGACGAAACACACGAGGUGAAUAGACAUCUCUACCCGACCACUGGAUUGAGAGCCAGUCAGCACGUGUGAUCACGGAUGAUUACCAGACCCAUCCUGCACACCUUCCGUGGACUGCGACUACUUCUACAUACAGUCAGAACUUCAACAGUAGGACUAAACAUGGAAGUAACCAACAGUGCAGCUGAAGCUAAGUUAGAAAUUGGGACUGAUACUACGACUGAGUCCCUUUCAAAAGGACCAGAGGAGGUGGAAACAGGCCAAAACACUGGAGCAACGUCAAGUAACGAUACUCCCUCUAACAGCAAUGAUGUCACCACCGGUAAAAAAUUCAACAAGAGACGUCAUAACACAAAAGAGGAGCAGUCCUACCGAUGGAAAAAGGCCAAACUUCAGAGUAAGCCAGGUGGUGAUCCUGACUGGGAGAGACCGACAGCCAAGAAGAGGAAGGUGGCGUGUCUGUUGGCGUACUCAGGAGUGGGGUACAUGGGCAUGCAGAGAAAUCAGGGGUUUAAGACGAUUGAAGAGGACUUGUUGGCAGCUUUCUAUAAGGCUGGAGCCAUCCCUAAGGAUCACAUGGACUGUAUGCAGAAGAUGCACUUCCAGCGGUGUGCCCGUACAGACAAGGGCGUGUCAGCAGCUGGUCAGAUCGUGUCACUGAAGAUGUACAUGAUUGACGAUGCUGUCAAGAAGAUCAACGACUGCCUGGCUGAGAGCAUCAGAAUUAUCGGGAUCAAGAGAACAACAAAUGGUUUUGACUCCAAGAAUGCAUGUGACGCUCGGACGUACAUGUAUGUCCUGCCUACGUACUCCUUUGCACCAACCAAGGAGGAAACUGAACAAGACUUCAGAGUCACAGAUGAGAUCAUGGAGAAAGUGAAUGACGUCCUGUCGGCGUACAAGGGAACACAUAAUUUCCAUAACUUCACCUCCGGGAAAAAAUUCAAGGAUCCAAGUGCCAAGAGGUACAUCAUAGAAUCCAAGUGUUUAAACACUUUUGUACGAGACGACAUUGAGUGGACUGUUAUCUCCAUCAAGGGCCAGAGCUUCAUGAUACAUCAGAUUAGGAAGAUGAUCGGGAUGAUGUUGGCAAUCGUGCGAGGUUUAGCACCACGGUCCAUGUUGGAGAAGGCCUGGCAGAGCGGAAAGUGUGACAUUCCAAAGGCACCUGGGCUUGGUCUGGUCCUGGAUAAGGUUCAUUUUGACCAUUACAACAGGAAGUAUGGGGGAGAUGGGCUGCAUGAGGCUUUGGAGUGGGACGAACAUCAGGAGACAGUUGAGAAGUUCAAGGAACAAUACAUCUACCCCACCAUUAUCAAGGCUGAGAAGGAGGACAGGGUUAUGCAGCGCUGGUUGUCCACCCUCCCUCUGCACAGGUAUGAAGGCUUGAGUGAAGAGGAAACAGACAACUCUGCACAACAGCAGGAUGGUGCAACACAGCUAACAGCUGAAGCAGACACUACCAGGGAAGGUGCAGACACAAGUGAUGUACCUGCUAAAGAUGAAGACACCAUGCAGCAAGCUGUGGACACAUGACCACCAGACUGCUGGCACGUACUAGAACCAUACUGUUAACAUGCUAUUCACAGCAACAGUUUAUACUUACUUCCUGGUAACACUUGAAGAAACCUACUUUUUCAGACAGCGUUAUUGUUUUUAACCUUCUAUUUGCUGAAGUAGUCUUUUGAGACAGGGUUAGGUAGCAGGGAGAAGGUUAAUAUUAUAAAGUAACAUGCCUCUGACUGUUCUGUUGUCAGGUCUUAGUUUAGUCAAAUCAGUAUGGACUCUAUGGUAAUAAAAGAUAUGAAACGAGUUUCUGGAAUUAAAUGUAUAAUUUUUUUUAGAACAUUUAAGGUAAGUUGACUUCAGUAAGCAGUUGUAAUGUUUUAUUUAGAUGUAUGUUUUAACUUCUGAACAUAAUAGAAGCUCAGCUCAGUGGAAGUUUGCAGGACUGACUCUGUCCUGAUAUCGUCUGAUCAAAUACUUUAAGACAGUUUGAGACAAAAUUUGAAAUAACCUGAUAUCCUUCUCAAAUUAAUGAUGAAGCACUGACCAACUAUCCAGAGAAAUGUGAAUAAAGAACAUGUUCUUA